AUGCAGAACUUUCUGCUCUCCAUUGCGUUUCGUGAAGCUGGAACUAUUUUGGCUAAGUGGGCCGAUGAAGUUCGGGUCAAGCUCGAUGGUGGUAAGACCAAUUACAAUUUAGAGACAAAUCGCAAUCACUACCGGACUGGAGAUCGAGUCUGUCCAGUCGAAUCGGUUAUCCAGCUGUUCCAGAAAUUCCUAAAGAGGUAUCUGUGCGACUGUGAGGCCGCAGAGCCACUCUUUAGGACCCCCUCAGGAGAAGGAGUCCAAAAGGAGGCGAUCCAGAUGCUGCUGAAAGAAGCCGCUUGCCAAUGUGGUGUGGGCGGAACGAUUGGUUCGCACUCACUACGUUUUGGAGGGGCAAGCGCGCUAUGGACUGCAUUUAAGGAUGCGUCCGUUGUGCGAAGAUUCGGGCGUUGGGCGAGCGACGCAUUCCACUCCUACUUAUGGGAAGACCGGGAGUAUUCUCGUGGAAUGGCAGCAUCUAUGUUGCGCGCUGACCUCGCACCGACCUGA